AUGGUUGAGUUCGUAUCAUGUGGGUUUCUGUUGAGUAUUGAUAUAGUGAUUCUUAAUAUGCUUCCGGAUAUGUUUUUUGCUGAAAUUCCUUAUAUGAAGUGUAUGAAUUUUGAAUUCGAAAUUGUUGCAUUUGCCUUAUCAAAACCUGAUAUGGAUGCAAAUAGAAAUGGGGAGUGGGGAACUACACAUGCGAGAGAAUAUCACCUUCAUAACACAGCUCAUCACUUGAAGGUUCGAGAUUGGACAAAAGCUACUGGUUUCUUCACAGUUAGAAGAUGGCUUGAGAAAUGA